GGUUGAACUAGAUCACUAAUCACUCAAUAUUUUAUACUACACCAUUUUUAAUUCAAUUAUAUUUUGUACUACUUCCUGUGAUGACCAUUAGUGAAGAUUCAUUAAAAUCUAAAUUAACAGUUGCACUUGACGCAUCGUACGUGAACAAUCAUCAUUUCUCGUGAAAGCAAGCGUGUCAUUUUGAUUUAUGAGUUUAUAUUGUGAUACAAUGAUUUACAAAAACUUAAUACCUAUAUACUUGAAAAAAGUAUUCAAUGAAAAACUUAUUUUAAUGAUUGCUGUAUUGUUUCGUUGGUUUGUCAGCUUGCAUGAUUAUUCUGGAAAAUCAAAAACUCCAAUGUAUGGUGAUUAUGAAGCCCAACGUCAUUGGAUGGAAGUUACAAUUUCUCUACCAACCACUCAAUGGUAUUUUAAUUCAUCAGACAAUGAUUUAUUGUAUUGGGGUCUCGACUAUCCACCUUUGACCGCCUACCAUAGUUAUUUAAAUGGUUUAGUAUUUAAAAAAAUCCUUCCAGAGUCCGUCCAGCUUAAUACAUCUAGAGGUUUUGAGUCAAAAUUUCAUAAACUACUCAUGAGAUAUUCUGUACUUAUAGUUGACUUAUUGAUAUUUAUACCGGCCGUUUAUUGGUUUUUCAGGCAGUUUUUCAAAAUUAAGAAUAAUAACCAAUUAAGUCAAACAAUGAUCAUUGCAUUGACAUUAUUGUAUCCCGGAAUAAUAUUAAUAGACUAUGGACAUUUCCAGUACAAUUGUGUUUCUCUAGGUUUAUUUGUGGCAAGUGUUGCUAGCAUGUUUGCCAACAAAACCAUUCUAACUUGCAUUUUGUUCAGUAUGGCUCUUAACUACAAGCAAAUGGAGUUAUACCAUGCUUUGCCAUUUUUUUUUUAUUAUAUUGGAUUUGUUUAUGAAAUUUAUAAGAAACGGUCAUUCUUUAAAGCUUUAAAGACAUUAUCUAUUCUUGUAUUGAGUGUUACGAUAACAUUUCUAUUAUUAUGGCUUCCUUUCAUUAGUGAUCCCAAACAAAUGUUUCAAGUCAUACACAGAAUCUUCCCAUUAGAACGAGGUGUUUUCGAAGAUAAAGUUUCCAAUAUAUGGUGUCUAAUCAAUGUUCUGUAUAAGUUAAGGGACAUUAAUAAUCAAACCAUGGCUACUAUAUGCCUAUUAACGACAUUGAUUUCAGUAUUGCCCACAUGCCUGGAUCUUUUAAAAAAUCCUUCUAAGAUAAAAUUUUUACUUUCAUUGAUCAAUUGUUCGUUGUCUUUUUUCCUAUUUUCUUUUCAAGUUCAUGAAAAAAGUAUACUUUUGGUUGCUAUACCAGUUUUAAUGUAUGCUCCUCAAAAUGCAUUUGUGUGUACUUGGUUUUUGUCUUUGACAACAUUUAGCAUGCUUCCAUUAUUGAUAAGGGAUAAUUUAUUGAUCCCAUUCAUUUCUUUAUCAUUAAUAUAUUUUAUAGUGUACAAUAAUAUUGAAAAAUUAAUGUUACAGAAUAAAAAUACAUCAAAAUUACAUUUAUUGCGUAAUUUAUCAUUACUAGGCUGUGUCAUAUUAACUUUUUGUACCCUAACAUUAAAACCGCCACAGAAAUAUCCACAUUUGUGGCCAUUGUUUAUAUCUGUUUAUAGUUGUGUGCAUUUUUUUUUGUUUUUAAUCUAUUUUAAUUUUAGUCAAUUAAUGUUAAAUGUUCCAAAAAAAAAACUAUAUUAGCUUACUUAAAAUAGAUUUGUUCUAUUAUUAGGUUUUAUUAAUUUAAUUUUCAUAAAUAUUAUAAAUGUGUAUUAUUUAUGAAUUACCUAAUAUAUUUUUAAAAUGAAUAUCACAAUUUAUUCUAAAGCUUAAACUUGAUAAUUUGUUUAUAUGUUAAAGAC